AUGCGAAAGUACACGCCAGAGGAAAGGCAGGAGCUUUUAAACAAAUUCUACUACAUGGACACCGACGGCAACGGCGAACUCUCCCGAGAGGAGAUUCUGCAGUGUCUGAAGGAGUCCAAAUUGCCGAAGAGCAAGGUGAACGUAAGUCACUCGAGACCAUUGGUUUAUACGCAGACACCAAGUCUUGCAGUUGGGCAAGGGCAGCACCAUCAAAUACGCUGCCUUUUCACCACUGUGCGCAAGAUGAAGUUGUCGAAACGCGAGAAGCAGGAGCUGUUGACCAAGUUUUACAACAUGGACGUGAAUAACGAUGGGGAGCUCUCACGAGCCGAAAUUGAGCAGUGCCUCAAGGAAUCAAAGCUACCUAGCAGUGUGGCUGAUGAAUUCCUUGAUCUGUUUGAUGCAGACGGUGAUGGACGCGUCACCUUGGACGAAUACGAACGAGCACUUGGGCUUAAGGAGAUUCCUGAAACAACAAUCGAAGACUGGAAGCGCACAUUCGAAGAAAUGGACACAGACAAGUCUGGAUACCUCACGGUGACGGAGAUACACGAGGGCCUCAAACGCAUUGGAACAAACGUCCCCCUCAAGGAUAUAGCCGAGCUUGUAAACGGUGUCGACGAAAAUGGUGAUGGUGUAUUGACUGUAAAUGAAUUUACCGCACUAAUGCGCCUCAAUACCCAAACAGAUUCAUAA